UAUCAAAACGCUGUCUCAUUUCCUGAGAAUCAACUACUUUGUACAAGCUCUCUCUCUUACUCUCUAAUAAUAUAUAUGUCGGUGUCUUACUAAUUAAUUGCUACUAGACCAAACCACAAAGAAUCCAACCGUUGAGCGAGCUGGUAGGACCCGGCAAGACCAGCCAGUUCGAUGCUGUCCCAAAGCUAACGACCAACCCCAAUUUGCACUUGAGCUAUACCAUUUCCUAUUAUGACGAGCUUCUCUUUCUCCAGCCCAUACCGCUCUACAUGCUCAGCAGCGAUUUCUGGAAAUGGCUCUCCUCAGCCCUGGACUUGAGAGACGCACUUACCACUGGUCGUGAUCCGAUCUACGAAUGUGCACAGGACUUCAUGCGCUCGUGGGCGGACCUGAUCAGAACCAGGGCCGACUUCACUGCAGCCACGGCCAACAACCUCAUACCAUCUCACAGAACCGACGGCCAGCAGAUCCUCUUCGAGGACUUUGUCGAGUUCAUGACGUCGAUGGGGUUUCACAAGUCCGCGGAUCGGUAUAUCACCGGAAGAUACAGGUAUGGCCUGCUGCGGCAAACCCACUCUGAUCGGGCCGCGGAGGCACACACGCACGGUCGGUUGCUGAUGGAGCCGCCGAAGAUGCCAUGGAGCCACCUGGGGGCUCUCUGGGCGGUGCUCGCGAUCUGCUGGGCCCUCGUAUGGCUCCAAUCGCCUGGCGGCCCCUUUGCGGCAGAAUGUUGGACUGUUAGCUUCAGUGUCUUUGCGACGGAGGUGGUGGCGGCUUUGACUGUCUACAACGCCUUUGGACAGAUAAACGGGUUUCUGAAAUACAAGGAAGUCAUCAAGUCCGGGGAGGAUCGCAGGGUCGAGCGGUGGGAGCAGGCUAUAUUGCGAAAGUUGAAUGCUGGUGUGUUCCAGCAGCAAAAUUUGAAAUGAUUUCGUGGAUGGAUUGGCAUUCGAUAUAGGGAUUGUAAUAUUGCAUUUGGUGAACUUGACUAAGUAUGGCUCAUGGUAUAUUUCUUGGUAUGAUCAACUGCUUGGAAAGAUGGCGUAGUUGAUACGGGUUUUCUUGUGGGAUAUUAGGUUGAAGUCUUUAACAUUGCUGCGGUGUUAUAGAGUGCAUACCGAGAAGCUUCUUGGGUUUCAAUCUGAUUUGUGGCACUAGUUCAGACACAUGCGUCCUCCUCAUUAAUUCCCAGCCAGUCUCGAGGUGAGGUGGAUAUGUUGCCCGCUCGCUUUGUUUUAUUGCUUACAAGCUGCACUCCUUCGUCUUGAGUUAACCAUGUACGACGACCGAGG